AUGUCUACGGUCAACCGUCCCACAAACGUCAAGCAGAAGGAGGCCGAUGUCAAUCAGAAGCUUCAGCUGUACGGUAUCUACUCUGGAUUCGCCAACGGCAAAGUGCCUUCGAAUAAACAGGUUGAUAUAGCCCUCAACUCUGCCCUCGCAUCGAAGCCUCUGGCCACACCAUCCUCAAAGCUUUCGGAAGAGGGACGUUUGUUGGUCGCAGACGUCCGCGACGUCAUCGAGCAAGCGAAAGUUCUCCUUCUUACCAAAAAUCAAGGUAAUCUGCUACAAGACUUCAUCUGGACAACACAACACUUGGGCACCGGCGAUGCUAAAAUUCCCGGCGCGCCUGUUGACAAAAGCACUGCCCAGCAGCAUGGUAAUGAAGCCCUCGAAGGCUUAAGGACUCUUGGUACGCUUUUGCUGUCGAAUGGUCAAUUUCGAAAACUCUUGCAGGAUGCGACGAUUCUAGUUCGAGACAUUGCCGGUGAUGCAGCUUCCAAUGCUGCCAGUCGAAUCAAACCCGGUGAAGAUCAACUCAAUCAGAUUGACCAUCCUGCUGAAGAGAACACCUGGCAUGACGUUCCAGAUCUGUCCGCUGGGUCUUUGAAGACCCAAGCGAAAGAUCAAUACAACAAGAACAAGCCAUUUAAUAAAGCUGAUGCUCAAAAUGCGACAAACAAUGCAGCCACAACCGCUGAUCAACAGCAAGACGCAGGAGCUGGCGCUCAGACAGCAGUAGGCAACUUGACCAAUACUGCGUCUCAAAAUAUUCCUCAGGAGCAGAAAGAUAAGGCCAAAGAGUUUCAGAGCAGGACUAAGGGCUAUUUGGGCGAUAAACUACCGAAAGAGCGCCGCGAGCAGACUAUCUACCGUUUGAAGAAAAUGGUUGUCGAAAUUCAAAGUCACUCGGACUACCAACAAGCUGUUGAAACUCUUCUCACGCUAGCUGAGCAGUACGGUGGUCACGGGAAGAACGUCGCCUCGCAAGGUUCAGGAACUGUCAAGGGUCUCGUGGGAACAAAUGAGGGCGCGCUGACCUCUAUCAAGACUCUGUUGGAGCGAUUUGCCAACUCAACUUCGGCCGAUGAUCUUUUCGAUUCCAUCAAGAACGUGUACGAUGACGCUGAGAAGGAUCCGGAGCUCAAGAAUUGGUUCAAGGCUUUGGAUUACUACAUCCGAAAGUGCCUGAAAGAGAGUGGGUUUAUAAUGAAACCUGAAGCGAACGACGACUGGAACGAACUUUAUGACAAGGGCCAAUUUCUCCUUCGCGAGCGUUACAGGAACCAUACCGACCACGUCCUUGACCAAUUCAAGUUUUUCGGACGCCAAUUCGAUGAGGAUCCAAUGAACAAGAAGUUUGCUUUGUCUGUGGAGAAACUGUUCAAGGACCUGGGCAAUGAUCAAAAUGGAAAGCCUACAUUCAAGACUCAUCUCGUCAAGGACCUCAGCGAAGUCGUCGUUCCCGGCAUUCUAGAGAGCGUGCGCUAUGUUCCCGUUCCACGUAUUGAGUAUUCUGAUUCGCAAUUUGACGCCAUUAUUGAGAAUCUUGUGAUUGAAAGUGACAACCUGGCACCCAACUCCUUUGAGUUCGGGAGUGACAACUACUUCCGUUGGGGACGCAAGACCGUUACCAACAAAAAUAAGAAUAAGGUCAUGGUCUCUGUUUCAGGCGUCCAGAUGGACCUCAAGGAUGUGAGCUAUUAUAUCAAGCGGAAGCAGGGAUUCCCAGCGAUUAAAGAUACUGGCGUUAUGGAUAUCUUCAUGGGCGGUAGUGGCUUCAGCUUCAAGAUCGCCAUGGAGACCACAGACAAGGCCGUCGGCAAGUCUGAUAAGACCCAUUUUUUCAAGAUCAACUCUGUCAGUGUUGACAUCAAGAGUUUGACCAUCAAGUUGAAGCAAUCCAAGCACAAGCUUCUUUUCAAUGUCUUCAGGCCCCUGAUGUUUGCGAUCCUGCGACCUGCGGUAGGCAAGGUGCUUGAGAAGCUUAUCAAAGAUCAAGUCACGACUCUGGACGGUAAGGCAUUUGAAAUCCACCAAGAAGCCGAGCGCGCUGCGAAAGCUGUUCAGAACGAUCCCGAAAACGCCCCCAAUAUCUACAAGCGGUAUUCCGAUGCAGCCCAAAAAGUGGUCACCUCAAAGAAAGCUAAGGCUGAAGAGACGGCCGCUGAUAAAAAGGCCAAUGUUGCUAUGACGCAGAAUGAUUCGAUCUUCCCACAGAUCAAGUUGCCUGGCGGUAUCUCCACCAAGGCUACUGAAUACAAGGCCCUAGCCGCAAAGGGUGAGAAAUGGGAAUCACCAGUCUUCGGCAUUGGCUCUGCAUCUGAAUCGACUGGCCUACCGAGCCUAACAGCAGUCUCACGAAAAGCACACAGCACUAGCACUCCUGGUGUGAGGGGUCCUCAGAACACCCAGUCUAAUAACACCUCAGGGUUCAGCAGCGAGGUAAACCAAGCCUUCAACUCAACGAACGCAAAUGAUCUCGCGCUAAAAGGUUCUGCAGCCCCAAACGGUACUGUGAAUCAGAGCACCGUCGCAUAA